CCCUCUAAAUCGCUUCAUUCUCCUUCGCCUCUCUUCACACUCUCUCUCACAGAAGAAAAGAGAAAUCCCACAAAAUCUCUCAUUUCCAGUAACCUAAUCAUGGCUGAGCGCGGUGGAGCAGGAGGAGAGCGUGGUGGCUUCGGCAGAGGCUUCGGUGGAGGACGCUCCAGAGGCGACCGCGGGCGCGGUGGACGCCGCCGUGGGAGACGCGAGGAGGAGGAGAAGUGGGUGCCAGUCACAAAGCUUGGACGCCUCGUCCAUUCCGAUAAGAUAAGAUCCCUGGAGCAGAUCUACCUCCACUCGCUCCCAAUCAAGGAGCACCAGAUCGUGGACAAGCUCUGCCCUGGUCUCAAGGACGAGGUCAUGAAGAUCAUGCCCGUUCAGAAACAGACCCGUGCCGGUCAGAGAACUCGCUUCAAGGCCUUCGUCGUCGUCGGUGACAACAACGGCCACGUCGGCCUCGGUGUCAAGUGCAGCAAGGAGGUCGCUACUGCUAUUCGUGGCGCUAUCAUUUUGGCUAAGCUCUCUGUCAUUCCUGUCAGGAGAGGAUACUGGGGUAACAAGAUCGGUAAGCCUCAUACGGUGCCCUGUAAGGUCACCGGAAAGUGUGGUUCCGUUACUGUUCGUAUGGUUCCUGCUCCUCGUGGUGCCGGAAUUGUGGCCGCUAGGGUUCCAAAGAAGGUGCUUCAGUUUGCUGGUAUUGAUGAUGUUUUCACUUCCUCCAGGGGUUCCACUAAGACUCUCGGAAACUUUGUCAAGGCAACAUUUGAAUGUCUGCUGAAAACUUAUGGCUUCCUUACACCUGACUUUUGGAGAGAGACCCGCUUCACAAAGUCUCCAUUCCAAGAGCAUACCGAUCUGUUGGCAAAACCAACUGGUAAGCUAGUCCUGGAGGAGCCUGAGAGGAAUGAUGCUUGAGCUAGUUUGGGUAUAACAAUGAUGUGAUGAAUGUGCCGUUAGACAACUUUUUUUGAGUAUAUGUUUCCGGUUAAGAUGUUUUCUAUUUCUUUCUAGCGUAUCUUUUUGGUAUUUGACUGUUGAAUCAGAUGGUUUUAUGCUUAUUUUGAUUGUUUUUUUUUAAAUGAAUAACAUUUUAUUCAA